GGGAAACAAACAAAAAACUUGCAAAACAUGUUAGCAGCAUUUCCUGCAUUAGAAGACCAUAGCUUGCUGCCAGAAAUGGCCUUCUCAGUGGACUCAUCUUGGCACCGGUGGCAGUGGCGAGUCAGAGAUGGCCUCCCCCAGUCUCCAUCAGAAGCCACACCACUGUUGUCCCAAGACAAAAGGAGGCAAAGCUACAACCUGACACAGCAGCGGGUCGUGUUCCCCAACAACAGCAUGUGCCACCAAGAUUGGGCCGAGGUCUCCCGGAAAUACUCCAGCAACAGAAUCUGCACGACCAAAUAUACCUUCCUCACCUUCUUGCCUCAGAAUCUCUUUGAGCAGUUUCAUAGAUGGGCUAACCUCUAUUUCCUGUUCCUGGUGAUUCUGAACUGGAUGCCCUCCAUGGAAGUUUUCCACAGAGAAAUCACCAUGUUACCAUUGGCCAUUGUGCUGUUCAUCAUCAUGGUCAAGGAUGGCAUGGAGGACUUCAAGAGACAUCGUUUUGAUAGAGAGAUCAACUGCUCCAACAUCUGGAUAUAUGAAAGAAAAGAGCGGAGCUACAUGCAGAAGUGCUGGAAGGAUGUGCGUGUGGGAGACUUCAUCCAAAUGAAAUGCAACGAGAUCAUCCCAGCAGACAUACUCCUCCUCUUCUCCUCAGACCCCAGCGGGAUCUGCCACCUGGAAACUGCCAACCUGGAUGGAGAGACAAACCUCAAACAAAGACGUGUUGUGAAGGGCUUCUCAGAGCAGGAUGUACAGUUCGAACCCGAACAUUUCUGCAACACCAUCGUGUGUGAGAAACCCAACAACCACCUCAACAAAUUUAAAGGUUAUAUGGAGCAUCCUGACCAGACGAGGACUGGCUUUGGCAGUGAGAGUCUUCUGCUUCGAGGCUGCACCAUCAGAAACACUGAGGUGGCUGUUGGCAUCGUCAUCUAUGCAGGCCACGAGACAAAAGCCAUGCUGAACAACAGUGGCCCACGGUACAAACGCAGCAAGAUUGAGCGGCGCAUGAACACAGACAUCUUCUUCUGCAUUGGGCUCCUCUUCCUCAUGUGCCUCAUUGGAGCUGUAGGUCACCGCCUCUGGAAUGGGACCUUUGAAGAACACCCUCCCUUCGAUGUGCCAGAUGCCAAGGGCAGCUUCCUUCCCCUCGCCCUUGGAGGCUUCUACAUGUUCCUUACAAUGAUCAUCCUGCUCCAGGUGCUGAUCCCAGUCUCCCUGUACGUGUCCAUUGAGCUGGUGAAGCUUGGGCAAGUCUUCUUCCUGCACAAUGACCUUGACCUGUAUGAUGAAGAGACCAAUUUGUCCAUUCAGUGUCGAGCCCUCAACAUCACUGAGGACUUGGGCCAGAUCCAGUAUGUCUUCUCUGACAAGACGGGGACACUGACUGAGAACAAGAUGGUCUUUCGGCGUUGCACUAUCAUGGGCAGCGAGUAUUCUCACCAAGAAAAUGCCAAGCGACUAGAGACCCCAAAGGAGCUUGACUCAGACAGUGAAGAGUGGACCCAGUACCAGUGCCUGUCCUUCCCAGCCCGAUGGGCUCAGGGCCCAGCAACACUGAGGGGCCAAAGAUGGGCUCAGCCUCUGAGGAGGUGCCACAGUGCCCAGGUACCCAUCCAGGGCCACUCCCGACAAAGGUCUGUGGGGCACUGUGAAAGCUCACAGCCUCCCGUGGCCUUCAGCAGCUCCAUAGAAAAAGAUGUGACUCCAGAUAAAAAUCUACUGCCCAAAGUGCAAGAUGCUGCCCUGUGGCUGGAGACCUUGUCAGACACCAAACCUGCCAAAUCUUCCCCCUCCACCACCUCCUCCAUUGCUGACUUCUUCCUUGCCCUAACCAUCUGCAACUCUGUCAUGGUCUCCACAACCACAGAGCCCAGGCAGAGGGUCACCAUGCCACCUUCGACCAAGGCUCUGGGGACGUCCCUGGAGAAGAUUCAGCAGCUCUUCCACAGAUUGAAGCUUUUGAACCUCAGCCAGUCAUUCUCAUCUACUGCGCCCUCUGACACUGACCUAGGGGAGAGUUUGGGGGCUAAUAUGCCUACCACAGACUCAGAAGAGAGAGAUGAUGCAUCUGUGUACAGUGGAGGCUACUCCACUGACGGUGGCUAUAGGAGCAGCACAUGGGACCAGGGCAACAUCCAGGGGUCUGGAUUGGAUGCUUCCUUGGAGGAGGUGGUGGAGGCCUCAGCUCUACGCCUCGCAAGCCCUGAGCUCUAUUAUGAGGCUGAGAGCCCUGAUGAGGCAGCCCUGGUGCAUGCUGCCCAUGCCUACAGCUUCACACUGAUGUCCCGGACACCCGAGCAGGUGACCGUGCGCUUGCCCCAGGGCACCUGCCUCACCUUCGAUGUCCUCUGCACCCUGGGCUUUGACUCUGUCAGGAAAAGAAUGUCCGUGGUUGUGAGGCACCCACUGACGGGUGAGAUCAUCAUCUACACCAAGGGCGCAGACUCGGUAAUCAUGGACCUGCUAGAAGACCCAGCGUGUGUAACUGACAUGGAUGUGGAAAAGAAGAUGAGGAAAAUCCGAGCCAGGACCCAGAAGCAUCUAGACUUGUAUGCAAGAGAUGGCCUUCGAACACUGUGCAUCGCUAAGAAGGUCAUAACCGAAGACGACUUCCGGCGAUGGGCCAGUUUCCGGUGUGAGGCGGAGGCAUCCCUCGACAACCGAGAUGAGCUUCUAAUGGAGACCGCACAGCAUCUGGAGAAUCAACUCACUUUACUCGGAGCCACUGGGAUUGAAGACCGGCUACAAGAAGGGGUUCCAGAUACAAUCGCUGCUCUGCGGGAGGCUGGGAUCCAGCUCUGGGUCUUGACUGGAGAUAAGCAGGAGACAGCAGUCAAUAUUGCCUAUUCCUGCGGAUUGUUAGAUCAGACUGACACUGUUUACUCCAUUAAUACAGAAAGUCAGGAAACUUGUGAAUCCAUCCUCAACUGUGCACUGGAAGAAGUAAAGCAAAUUCAUGGACCACAGAAGCCAGACCGCAAGCUCUUUGGAUUCUGUCUACCUUCUGAGACACUACCCCCCACCUCAAGAGCUGCAAUUCCAGAAGUUGGAUUGGUCAUCGAUGGGAAGACAUUGAAUGCCAUUUUCCAGGGAAAACUGGAGAUGAAAUUUUUAGAGUUGACUCAGUAUUGCCGGUCUGUCCUAUGCUGUCGUUCCACCCCGCUCCAGAAGAGUAUGAUAGUCAAGCUGGUCCGAGACAAGUUGAGCGUCAUGACCCUUUCCAUAGGUGAUGGAGCAAAUGAUGUAAGCAUGAUUCAAGCUGCUGACAUUGGAAUUGGGAUAUCUGGACAGGAAGGCAUGCAGGCUGUUAUGUCCAGCGACUUUGCCAUAUCCCGCUUCAGACACCUCAAGAAGCUGCUGCUUGUGCAUGGCCACUGGUGUUACUCGCGCCUGGCCAGGAUGGUGGUGUACUACUUCUACAAGAACGUGUGCUACGUCAACCUGCUCUUCUGGUACCAGUUUUUCUGUGGUUUUUCUGGCUCCACCAUGAUCGAUUAUUGGCAGAUGAUAUUCUUCAAUCUCUUCUUCACCUCCUUGCCUCCUCUCGUCUUUGGAGUCCUCGAUAAAGACAUCUCUGGAGAAACACUCCUGGCAUUGCCUGAGCUGUACAAGAGUGGCCAAAACUCUGAGUGCUACAACCCGAUGACUUUCUGGAUUUCCAUAGUGGAUGCAUUCUACCAGAGCCUUGUCUGUUUCUUCAUUCCAUACCUGACCUACAAAGAUUCUGAUAUUGAUGUCUUUACCUUUGGGACACCCAUCAAUACCAUCUCCCUCACCACAAUCCUCUUGCACCAGGCGAUGGAAAUGAAGACCUGGAAGCACCAGCAGCAGAAGAGGCUGAAAAACAAUGAGACGGGAGGAGGAGGUACUGGACUGGCUCAAACUGAAGGCUUUCCCAGAAUCCAGGACAAGAAACUGACUGUGGCUGUAGGGAGUCUGGUUCCUAUGGAGUACUUUUUCCUAUCUCUACAAGGGACUUACGGGAAGUCUCUGAUCUUAAAAGCUCAGAAAAUCGACAAACUCCCCACAGACAAAAGAGACCUAGAAAUGCAGAGUUGGAGAAGUAGACAGAGGCCUGUCCCUAUUCCUGGAAAGGCUCAGCACACCCACCAUCCAGUGCCACCUGUCCCAGAACGAGACUUCAGAGCCAGCACCCCAAAAAGCUCUAGCCCUCCCAAGCGGAAGUACAAGGAGGACUGGAUAUUGCAUGGAGAGAAAUGCAGCAGAGACCAUCUGAAGGAUCACCCAUGCCCAGGGGACUCCUCAGCUAAACUCUCAUCCAGGGAAUACCCGCUUCUGGGGCCUAGUAGGACAAUGGCUUCGGGAGCCUACUCAAAUGGACAGAUUGAUGAGUACAGGCCCUCAAGCAGGGGCAGUCAUCGCCGAUCCCAGAGUUCGCUGACCAUAUGAAUGGCCUGCAGAAAUCUGUACAAACUCAGAGGAAGCCACCCAAUCAAUGGCCUAAUUAACCCCUGACUCUUCCUCUUCAUGGAGGAAAGGACGUGCCAGAUUUAUUUGCUCCUAACCAGGCUUGACUUCCUUGGAGAAAAUGCUGGCCCCAAGGGCUUUGACAAAGGACUGGAAACCAGUCAACCUCUACCUUUCUCCUGCUGCCAGGCAGCAUAUAAUGCAAACAAAAAUUUUAUAAGGAAGCUAUGUUUCUAAUGCAUUGAGUUUUAAAAUUCUUUAGCCCAGAGACAUUCUUGUGACCUUCCAAGUAAGUAGAACAAAUGGCUAACACAACUGGGCCAUAAUUUUCCAAGAUUCCAAGAGAUAUAUCUACCCAGGCAAUCUCUCAGGAUUUGGAAGUUUCUGGGCUUGUCAAGCCAUCACCUCAUCUUAUUGUGCCAAGAGUUAAAGUUUCAGAAGAGACCCAUAUACACAGGUACUUCUUCUUGAGUGUAUUGCAGUGGUAAUUAUGUCAGGUUUAACAUUUUCAUUCAUAGAGAAUUGGUUGCUUCCUGUCUCUAAGCCAAAGAGAACCAUAUCUAAAGAUUAGAUUUGAACUCAGUGUCACAGAUACUUUUGAAAAUUGUAGAUCCAUAGCUAGUGUAAGAGUCAACAACAACGUAAGCAUGCUAAAGCAAAUGGGUGCACUGGAAAUCCCAAGCUUUAGCUAAUGGACCAUAUGUCCACAGUCUAUACCAAGAGGAUAAGAGCAGUACUCUUUUUUUUAAACUAUUUAUUUUUAAAUAGAAGUACUCAUCCUUAUCCAGCUCUAAGACUUAUAGACCUUAAUACAUCUGUACCCAGAAUAAACCUGUAUGAUAGAGCAAUUCUCAGCCCAAACAAGGACACCUCAAAGGAUAGGGCCAAUAUUAAACCGUAUCAUUAAGCUUAUCCCAGAUUAUUACCAGCUGGAAGACACUGGCCCAUGCUUCAGUUACAUUAGGGAGAGUCAGAGGAAGUCUCAUUUCAGAGGUUAAAGGAUUAUGCAAACUUCUUAUCCCUAGAGGUUACAAAUGCCAAAAUGUAAAAGUGCUCAAAACAGUGUUGAAAUGAAAGAAUGGAUGAUAGAAUUCCAAGAAACUAUCAAGAGAAUUCAGGUCUAUUAUGGACAAGGAUGGUGUAUCUCUAGUCUUUAAGUCAGAGAAGGCUACUGAACCCUCUCCUCCUUAAGGUAGUACCUAUAUAUUAAGCAAAAUCCCUGUAUAUUAAGGAUGGAUGCAACAUGUGUGACAAGUCUUUGAGCCUAAGAGUCAUAGCCACCCCGCAAUGUUGACUUAUCACUUGAGUAACUUCUCAGCAAAGAUGCACAAAAAGAUCUCAACAAUCAAAUUGGCAAAUGACAGACUGAGCUCAUCCUCUGACCAUCCUGCUGACAAACCUGAACUGGAGGGACCAUUUGAAGCAUUGUGUCCCUGGAAGCAACACACUGGAUCUCUUUUACUGUCUAUGCCACAUAAUGAUGCCAAUAAUGGCCAACAGGAUAAUUCUACAUGCUGAUUGCUAGAGAAGGAGCAGGUGAACACAGCAGGCAGAGCAGUAAUGAUAGGAAUUGUUCCAAAUGAGUGGUUUGAGCCAAAACUUGGAUCAUGGGUUCCUCAUGUUCCCCAUUUGAUUCCUGCCCACUCCUGCAAGCCAUACUGAGAGAGUUAGGAUGUUCCAGAGAAGAACAGAGUAGUGGGAAGAACACUGGCCUCAGGAGAUCUGGGUUUGAGUCUUUGCUUCUGUACUCUCUAGGAGCCAGGAGCCUUGAAGCAAGAUGCCAUACCUGCAAAUUAGGUUAAAACUGCUCUACCUUCCAGGCUUGGCAUAAGGAUCAAGUCAAAAAUACACAGGGGAUGUGCAAACCCUUUGAGAGCUGUAACACCCUCAGUAGUAACACAGGGAUUUCUAUUUCAGAGCUAAGGGGAAACAAGGUGAUGGGAAACUUGUGAAAAUGACCACUGUACCUAGAUGCUAAACCAUACCCAACAUUGUGAUGUUGCUCUCUUUCUCUUUCUUGCAUGAGCAACCAUCCCAGUUUGCCUGGGGUUUUCCGAGUUUUAGCACUGAAGGGCCCACAUCCUAGGAAAUCCCUCAGUCCUGGGCCACCUGAGACAGCUUGUCACCUACUCUUGCCUCCCUUUGAAACCAAACCAACUGUGACCAUCCAACAUGCCAUCUUAAGGGAAAAGGUUAUAACAACUUUUCCUAUAACAUGAUGCUAAUGAUUGUACUUAGUACAUUUUUAUACAUUUAUGACCUUUUACUGAUUGGAAAUGAGUUAUCCUUUAUUAGAAAAAAAUAAACAUUGUUUUCCAUAAUUGCCUGCAGUUCUGAGUACCCUCUCAUCCAUCCAUCCUUCUUUGCAUUCAUUCAUUUAUUCAGUAGUCUGUCCAUCCAUUUAUCUAUCCAAUAAACUUCUGUUAAGCCCCUACUGGAUGCCUGGUAAUAUGCUAUGGACUUUGAGGAAUUCAGUUCCUGUCUUUAAAGAAGCUCAUACCUUGUCAGACAUAGAGUGUCAGGAACAUGUUUGAUCCAACAUGAGAGUGUGACACAAACCAAAAUGGCUAUAGGAAUUAGAAGCAGCAGCACACCGUCUCCUCUGUCUGUAAUUCUAACCUAGCUACUCUCCUCUUGCUGGAAGCCUGACACCAGCCUCAAACCCAGAUUGAUUCAGAUGCCUCUUUUCACUCAUUCAGAAAAGAUCAAGUGGGUGCCUACUGCACAGCACUGUGUUAGGCAGCAAGGAUAAAAUAGGAGAGAAAACAGGCCCAUCUCCUGCCCUCAAGGGAUUUACAACCUAGAAGGGAAGACAGCCAAUAAUCAAGGAAAUAGAUAUAUGAGACAGUUGAACUCUGAGAAGAAAGAAGAAUGGAAAAGAAGGGAGGAGUUGUUCCCAGGGUGAUCAGAAAAGGCCUUUCCAUGGAGGAGAGGAGACUUUAACCAUGAUAAUACAGCAGGGAAGGGCUAUUGCAGAUGGAGAGAAUUAACUAUGAAAGCCCUGAAAAGGAAGAGUUUGGUAUACAGAAGGAGGAGAAGAAGAAAAAAGAAAAGAAAGGUCAGGAUGACUAGAAUCCAAAUAAAAAAGAGUAAGUGCCCCCAUGAUAACAUUAAUAGUAACAACCAUACAAGCUCACUGUGUACUUAACACUAGACUAAGGGCACGUCAUCAUGUAAACCUCACAGCAACCCUCCAAAGUAGGUAAUAUUAUGCUCUGCUAUUUCAGUUAGCUUCUGCAACAUACCAAACCACCACCACCCAAAAUUUAGUGGACCAAUACAAUUACUUAUGCACUCAUGAUUCUCUGUGCAAUUUGAGAUGAAAUGGCUGGGAUCUUCCAUCUUCAAGAACGUCAACCAACAUUGUCAUAUGACAGCAAUGUUCUGGGAGUGAGAACAGAAUCUACAAAGCCUCUUGAGACCUAAGCACAGAACUCACAGAUCAUCAAUGCCACUACAUUCUAUCAAAGCAAAUCACAAGGCCAGCCCAGUUUCAAGGGGGUGGGGAAAAUACAUUCCACCUUUAAUGGGAGGAUCUACAAAGAAAUUUGAAGCCAUUUGCAAUCCAUCACAUCCCAUUACAAAGGGAAAAACUGAGGCAGAGACAAGUCACAUAAUUAUGGCACAGUCACACAAUUAACAAGUGGGGAGGCAGCAUUCAAGAGCCUGAAACUAGAGCCUAUACUCUUAGCCACAAAGCUACACAACAGCAAGAUGGGGCUGAAGGGGCAGGUAGGAACCAGAUGACAGAGGCCUUUCUUCUGGAAAGAACCAGUCCAGUUCCUUCUCCACAUUCUCCUGAGAAGCAAAGUAGUUCAGUACUUAGUGAGCUGGAAUUCCACCCCAGCUCUGUCACAGACUGGCAAUGUGACCCAGGGAGAGACCACACUGUGUUCAGCUGGGUUGCACACCCAGACAAAAUCUUAAGAAAAUACUAACAGCUAAAAUGAACUGGAACUCAUGCCUGCACUACCCUAAAAUAUCUUCCUGUUGAGCUGAUCACCUGGCCAGAACAUUCUAUUCUGCCCUGAGAGCCCCCAAGAAAUCAAUCACACAGGACCAAAUUCUCCCAGACAAUCACAGAAGAGACAGCCCUUCCCUGUACUCCAACCCAGGCAAGAUUUCACUGACAAAGAAGGUGGGGAUUGUGAACUGGAGCAAGCAGGACUUUUGAGAGCAUUAUAAAAGGAGUCCUGCCCAUCCAAACUUCAGGACUCCCACAGUGAGGAUCUGGGCAAUGUCAGACAGGAGCUGAGACUGGGAGCCUUUUUCUUCAAAGGUGUUCUGGUGCCACCUAGCAGCAGUGGGGGAGCUGCUGCUUCUGAGGACUUGCUACAGCUAGAGCAGGGAAAACAAGAAUGGAAGGGGAACUGAGCCAGGAGUCAGGAGCCCAGAUUUCCAGUCUGCUCUGCCAGUGGUGUCCAUUGUGACUCUGGACAAAUCCCUUCACCAGGUUUCAACCUCAAACUGAGGUUCUCUUGGCUUCCUCAAACACUCAAUGUAGGAACUGGACUGGUUCUAAUAUUCUGUGGUUCUAAGAGCUAUUUGGGGGAUGUUACAGUGCAGGAAUGCCCCUGUGCAACCAAAACCUUCAGUUUACUAUUUGUGCACCUGUCUGAUUCUCUAUCAUGCAUGCACACGGUGGCAAAUCCCAUGAGGAAAAAACCCUGCAAUCUUGUUCCCUGCUGUGUUCCAAGUGCUCAAUACAUGGCAGUGCUCAACAAUGUUGUGACUCUGGCUGUUGAAGAAACUCAUCGAUGGGGGCUGGUCCGGAGUAUAGCAGGCAGGAGGACAGCAACAUUAUUUGGGAAGACAAUGAACCCCCCAAGCCUUUGCGAGGCCCCUGGUUGCCUUUCUCAGAUCAGGAGGCAGUAAGGAGCUGCAAAGACGUAAAGCAGGGCAGGGCAGCCACCAUCUCCAGCUGUCAAGGGGAAGCCGGAGCUAGGACGUCUCUCUCCCUCACACAGGCUGUAGACUCACUCCAGGUGCUGAGGUGUCUAAGGAGGAGUUUUAGUCUCCUAUCAUCUCCAUCAACACUUCCAUCUCCCCAACCACUUACUCUUUAAAUAAAGCACCAAGUUGAA